GCCUCUCGACACAGCCCAUCUGGCGCAAGCUGUGGGACGACGUGAUGAAAACCAGGCCGCCCAACUCGGAGAAUAUAACCUGUUGGAGGAAGAAGUUCCUUGAAACGUUCUUCUCAAACGUUCUUCACGGUGUCUUGGAUGUUUCCUCUGACUGGCGUCUCAACGACCAUCACUUUUCGCCGCUGCUCCACAGCUCCCCACACGUUUCCCAGCUUACCCUCUGCAACAUGCUGCAGGGUGCAGUGGAGCUCGCUGCUGAGCACAACCAGAAAGUGCUUGAAAAUCUGGCAGGCUCCCUGCGGAUCCUGAAGUUCCAGCACCUUCUCUCCUCUGACCAGUCCAUCAGGCGUUCGCUGGUUUUACUUCUUCACCGGCUGAUUCACCAUGGCUCUGUCAGCCAAGUGUCCAUGUAUUCCUGGCCCGUUCCUGACACGGUUCUUCUCGUCCUCAUUUUGAGCAUGAGUGCUGGGUUUUGGCGCUUGGGAAAUGCCCUCACGUAUCACGGCAGCCUGUGUGGCCUUUGCAGAGGGGAGGACAAAGCCCAAAGCCAGGAGCCAGCACAAGAGCACGCAGAGAGGGGCCAUUGCAAUGAGAGGGAGCAGAGCGAUGGCGAGAACCAGAAGGGAUCCCCCAGGGCCCCGGAGGUGGGUGGGUGCAGGACUGAUGCUCACCUGAACUCUGUCCUCUCUGGACCGAGAAGUCCUCCUCUGCGAAACCAAGCACGUGAGGAGGUGAGCUGCGAGGUGCCCUGUGACCACACCAGUAUUCAGGGAGGAUCUCAUCGUUGGGUCUCAGACCAGCUGUCCCAUCAUCCCAUUCUCCGAAAGACACGCAGACGGCUGAAAUCUGCGGUAGGGAAGAAACGUCGCUGCCUCAGACGAAGCAGGAGACUGUAUGCUGACCCAGAAGACCUGUAUGAUUUCGUUUUUACUGUUGCUAGAGAGGAUAAUUCAGGGUUAUUCGACAAAAACAGUGCCCCAGAGGGAGAAAACGCUGAGAACUGGACUAGUUCCUCCCCAGGAUCUGCGUGCGCUGGCCAUGCUGGCUGUAAGAAAAGAGGAGGAUCUGCUGGGAUCUUUUCUCUGAAAGCUGCUCACCGCUUCCGAAGUGUGUCCACGCUGGAAUUGUUCUCCAUUCCUUUAACUGAGGAGACCUGUCGGAUUCUGAGUAACCUGCUGAGCUCCUGGGUGUCUUUAGAAAACUUGGUUCUGUCUUACAACGGCCUGGGCGCUAACAUCAUCUGCAUCCUCUCGGGGCUCCGGGCCCUCUCCCGCCACUCAGACUGCCACCUCCGCGUGGUGCGCGUGAGCGACAUCUUCUCCCACAUGCCUUGCAUGGAGCUUGUUCGCUGCAUCCUAAGCGCCUUUCCCCAGCUCCACACGCUCUCAGUCAGCUUCGACCUCAAAUGUCAGCUGGAAGGGAACAGGCCAGAGGGGAAUCCAAGCUGCAGUGAGGCAGAAAUCCCAGAUAGCUGCCUGGAGCAGCUGGAGAUCCGAUUCCCCAGGGAACCUCUGCACACCGCGUUCCUGCUGCCCGUGCUCAAGGCGUCAAAGUCCCUCCAGCAGUUGUCCCUUGACAGCGCCACACUGCCCUGUGCUCAGGAGCUCGGGCUCCUUUUGGAGGCACUCAAAGAGUAUAAUCCAAAUUUGAAGAAAGUGAGCUUUCAUGAUGUGAACCUGGCUGAGCACCAGAAAGAAGUUCUGCUUUUGCUUCAGGAUCCCAUACUGCAAGAAAUAACAUUUUCCUUCUGCCGGCUGUUUGAAAGCUCUACUACUGAAUUUUUGUCGGAAAUAAUCAAUACAGUGAAAAGAAAUUCAUCUUUGAAGAGCCUCAAACUGCCUGGGAAUCGCCUUGGGAAUCACAGGCUGGUCGCCCUUGCGGAUAUUUUCUCUGAAGAUUCCUCCUCUUCUCUUUGCCAGCUGGAUGUCAGCUCAAAUUGCAUCAAACCCGAUGGGCUCCUGGAGUUCACAAAGAAGCUGGAAGGCCAUAUCCAGCAGAGAGGGGGACAGAUUCAAUUCACGCACCUCCGCCUCUUCCAGAAUUGGCUGGACCAGGAUGCUGAAACAGCUCAAGAAGCACUUCGGCGUCUCAAAGCAGUGUGCAGUGUGGUCAACGACUCGUGGGACUCCUCCCAGGCCUUUGCUGACUACAUCAGUGUUAUGUAA